AUGAGCGCCUCUCUAGUAGGCCAGCGCCGGUCUUAUGGCGGCCAGCUAUGCACCAUUCGCUAUGUGGGAACCGUCGAUGGCACCUCGGGUGAUUGGCUUGGUGUUGAAUGGGAUGACCCGACCAAAGGCAAGCAUUCAGGAGAGCAUAAGGGAGUCCGGUAUUUCACAUGCAAAAGCAACCACCCCACGGCGGGGUCUUUCGUCCGCCCCUCCAGGCCAGCAGAUCCGCCGCUCAGCUUCGUAGAAGCUUUGCGUGAGAAGUACGCAUCUGAGUAUGAGUCGGAGCUUGUGUGGACGUCCAAGACGACUGGAGCGGUUGCCCAUCAGGUUAUUGAGAUCGGCGGCAAGGUCGUCGAGGAGGUGGGCUUCGACAAGAUUCGCAAGCAACUUGCAAAGUUACAGGAGCUACGAAUUGUCUUGCUCGAUGGACUACGCAUUGCUGGUGUGCUAUCUUCUUAUGAGCAGCCUGAAGCGCAAGUUCGCGAGGCUGCCUCCGAAAUCGCAACGACUUGCCCACAGAUUAUUGAGCUGGAUCUCAGCCGCAGUCUCGUAAACAGCUGGAGCCAUGUUUGGGAGAUUUGCAACCAGCUUCCCCUGCUGAAGAAGCUCAAAGUCAACGAUAUGACUAGGGAUGGGAUUGACUUGCGAUGUAGUGGGAACCGAUUCCGACCCCUGGAAGAAGGCUUGACCUUUGAAGGGGUCACGGAGCUACAUCUAGAAGAAACCUUGCUGAGCUGGGACGAGAUUGCCGAGGUGGCAGCUUGUUUCCCAACCCUAACCUCGCUCACAGCAUCUGGCAACCAGCUCAGGACGAUAUCACGCCCCCUGUCUGGGGUCAUCACGACGUUGAUCCUUGAGAGUAAUGAAUUCACGUCCUUAUCCGCUUUACGCCCGUUAGCAGAGAUGCGGACCCUCGAACACCUCUCUGUACGGUGGAACAAUGUCGCCGCCAUCUCCGAUAACCCGAAGAAUACAACUCUCGACUUCCAAUUCCCAACUACGCUCCGUUCUGUUGACCUCUCACGUAACGACAUCUCAUCAUGGACAUUCCUCAACCACCUGCCUACCCUCUUUCCAAGUUUGACGACCCUUCGCAUUUCCGGAAACCCACUCUAUGACCAGCCUCCCCUGCCGCCAGCCAUAGCAGCUGCUACUGGGACGAUGAGCGCCUCCAAGCCCAUGACAGUGGAUGAAUCUUUCAUGCUCACACUAUCUCGCUUCCCUCCUUCCCUCCGAACCCUUAAUUUCAGCACCAUCUCGCUACAGGACCGUUCCAAUGCAGAGAUGUACUACCUUUCCCUCAUCGGCAAGACACUCUCUGCCACCUCUGAAGCCGAAGAACCCGCAAUUCUUGCCGAACACCCUCGCUAUAGCGAGCUAUGUGAGCUUUAUGGAGAACCAACCGUGACAAGAGCGGUCGAGGGUGACGGCUCUGGCAGGAGAGGAAUCCACCCCCGGUCCGUAGCAGCACGACUGGUCAAGAUGGCAUUUCGUCUGUCCCAAUCGCAAGUCUGCGUCAAAGAAAUCCCAGCCUCUUUCGAUUCAUAUCAAGUGAAAGCCCUCGUUUCCCGGCUCUUUGAUCUUCCUCCAUACAAGUUCAAGCUAGUCUGGGAAACAGAUGAAUGGGAUCCGGUAGAACAGCAGGCUGGGGAUGAUGGGGCACCGGAUUGGGAUGAAGACAGCGAUGACGAAAUGCAGGCUCCGGCGCCUGCACCUUCAGCGGAUACAAGCCGGUUCAUGCGGCGAGAGAUUGAGCUGGUCGAUUCGACGCGGGAUAUAGGGUUCUUGUUCCAGGGUGAGACGGGUGAGAUGAAGAUUCGGGUGGAAGUACCUCAUGUAUAG